AGGUCGCUAGGACCCGACCGCAAAGAGGGGGGAGCACCCCUCGGACGACAAAGAAACCACGCGGCUAGAACAGACCAGCAGCCAGGAAAAUGAGACACGGAACAGGUGCUUGGAGCAGCAGACCGGCCGGAAGCUGGCCAGGAGAAGGCAGAGCUGCCGGAAGUGACGCACAGCCGGAAGAGGGGAGGCGGGGCCGCAGCGAGGAGGAGCUCGGCCGGCCCGACCUUCCCAACAUGGCGGAGACCCGGUGUGUGUGAGGGCGGGCCGCGGAGGCGCCGAGGCCAAUGGCUUAUCGCGAAAGACUGGGGGGCGGGGAAGACGGCAGCGGCAGGCCCAACCCGAGGCUCGGGAGGUGGUUGGGGAGUGAAUCUUCUGGAAGGCGGCUUUAAAAGCGCCGGGCCCGAGCGAAGGGCAUUUUGGUACUGCCGUCGCCGGGGCCGGGGAGGGGGCGCGUUGGUGGCAGGAAGCGGGCUGCGCCGAGGUCGUCGCGGAACCAGCUGGUGACCCUCGCAGGAUGAACCACAAGAGCAAGAAGCGGAUCCGCGAGGCCAAGCGGAGUGCGCGGCCGGAGCUGAAGGACUCGCUGGACUGGACUCGGCAUAACUACUACGAAAGCUUCCCGCUGAACCCAGCGGCCGUGGCGGACAAUGUGGAACGGGCAGACGCCUUACAGCUGUCGGUGGAAGAGUUCGUGGAGCGAUAUGAAAGACCUUAUAAGCCCGUGGUUCUGCUGAAUGCCCAAGAGGGCUGGUCGGCGCAGGAGAAAUGGACUUUGGAGCGCCUCAAAAGGAAAUACCGGAACCAGAAGUUCAAGUGUGGUGAGGAUAAUGAUGGCUACUCGGUGAAGAUGAAGAUGAAAUACUACAUUGAGUACAUGGAGAGCACGAGAGAUGACAGCCCCCUUUACAUCUUUGACAGCAGCUACGGGGAGCACCCCAAAAGAAGGAAACUUUUGGAAGACUACACGGUGCCCAAGUUUUUCACCGAUGACCUCUUCCAGUAUGCGGGGGAGAAGCGCAGGCCCCCUUACAGGUGGUUUGUGAUGGGGCCUCCACGCUCUGGAACCGGAAUUCACAUCGACCCCCUGGGCACCAGUGCCUGGAAUGCCUUAGUUCAGGGUCACAAGCGCUGGUGCUUAUUCCCCACCAGCACGCCCCGGGAGCUCAUCAAGGUGACCCGUGAAGAGGGUGGGAACCAGCAAGAUGAAGCUAUUACCUGGUUUAACAUCGUCUACCCGCGGACACAGCUUCCGACCUGGCCACCCGAAUUCAAACCCCUGGAAAUCUUACAAAAGCCAGGAGAGACUGUCUUUGUACCAGGGGGCUGGUGGCACGUCGUCCUCAAUCUUGAUACCACCAUUGCCAUCACCCAGAACUUUGCCAGCAGCACCAACUUCCCUGUUGUCUGGCACAAGACGGUAAGAGGGAGACCAAAGUUAUCAAGGAAGUGGUACAGGAUCUUGAAGCAGGAGCACCCUGAGCUGGCAGUCCUGGCCGACUCGGUCGACCUGCAGGAGUCCACGGGGAUCGCCUCCGACAGCUCCAGCGACUCGUCCAGCUCCUCCAGUUCCAGCUCAUCCGACUCGGACUCAGAGUGCGAGUCUGGCUCCGAAGGCGACGGGACGACGCACCGCAGGAAGAAGCGGAGGACGUGCGGCAUGGUGGGCAACGGGGACGCCACCUCCCAGGACGACUGCGUGAGCAAGGAGCGCAGCUCCUCCAGGAUUAGGGACCCUUGCGGAGGCCGAGCUCACCCCUGAGCGGAAACUCUCCCUGAGGCGGCCCCUGUGAGCUGUCGGCAGCCGCCCCUUUCCCGUCUUCUGCUCCUCCCUCCUCCCCUGUCUUCUCUGCCUGUGGACCGUCCUCUCUGGCCCGAGCUCCCGUCUUGGGUCCAAGGCCGUGUUUUCUGCCUGCUGAGAACAGCCUGUCAAGAAGUUGACCUCGGGGCGCUCAGGGACGCGCCGGAGGCCGCCGUGCUGGUGGGCGAGAAGGUUCUGGGCUCCUGCUUGAAAACCACGCCGGCGGACCCCACGGCUGGAGGGUUGUGGUCCCUGUGGCAUCGGCGUCGCGGCGGCGAUGUCGCUGAGGCCCCUCCGCUGUGCACGCGGCCCGCGGCGCAGCACUCACGGCGACAAGGAUCCCGAGCCGCCGCCCUCCCGAGUCGCCACCCCAACAAACAGGCUUCCCAGGCUUUGCGCUGCGGGGACCCCAGCGGCGCCCCCCCACCCCUGCCUCGUGCGGUCUCGUGGUUCCCGUCUGUUGUCCGUCCGCCGUCGGAAGCCGGUCGCGUGUCGGGGUGGGGGCGGAGGGUUGGGCACAGUGUGCUGGGGGGGCCCUGGGGGUUUGGUUUGUGAACAGAUCGGGAAGGGUGUUCCGAGCGUUGUCCUCGCGGAACUCACCCUCUGAACAGGGCCUGGCGAGUUCCGACAGGCUUGUCCCGUCCUUCCCCCCCCCCCCCCCCCCCCCGCGCGAGUCAGGCUCCGCAGACGCUUGGUGCUUGACCUGCAGGCAGGCGUCAGGUGGGGAAUCGUGUUGCUGGCCAGCCGGGAGCAGACGCAGAGGUGGUGCGUCUCCUCUUCGGGGAUCUGUUAGGCUUCUAAAUAACCGCGGUAUAAAUCCUUAGGGAUUGACCAGCAGGUUCCAUCUCAUGCCCUCUCGGUUCACCUGCUUGCCUUCAUGUCCCUAAAUUCAGCUAAAUUUAAAUAAAUGUAAGAGGGGUUUGUCAAGGA